AUGAUUGAAAAUAACGAAAUUGUUGUUGUAGAUAAAGAAUCGAUAAAUGUCUGUGAUCCGCAUGGUUAUUACAGUGAAUAUUGCCGCCAGGAGGUGAAUUAUAAAAGUCCCGGUAAACGUUCCUUUCUCAAUGAGUGUAUACGUCAAAUCUAUAUCCUGCAUGGUAGUGAUGUCUCCAUGAUGACCACCAUACCGGUAGAAUUUAAUCGUUGUGUUAUAUGGAAUACCGUGAAUGCCCUAUUGAUGCCACAAAAGCUAACCCACUAUCAGGCAUCUGUGGAAAAGGUAAAGAGACGUUUAUUCCGCGAGAGUAAACCACGUCAAAGGAAAUGCCGCAAACCCAGCUGUAAUAUCGGAAUGGCCAGUGAAUUUUUCUAUUACAAAUCGAUACGUCACAAUGUGGGUAUCAAGAAAAUACCACGCUCAUAUUUGGAUGAAGCCCGCCAGAAGAUCUAUGCCGAACGUAGCCAGAAAUUGAAACGUAAACAUGAUCAGCUGGAGAGUGGAGAUUCCGCUUCACUUCACUUGGCAACCAAAGAAGGUGUAUUCCAGGUCUCACAACAGGUCAUCAAUAAAGUGUGUCGCUAUCAUGGCAACAUGGCUCGACAACAUCCACAGAGAGAACGUUCCAUGGAGGAGCAAAUUAAACGGGAACGUAACACCGAAGCAUGUCGUCUGACCCGAAGAGCCAAGAAGCUGGAAGAAAUGUUGGUCGAACAACAAUAUCGUGAACGUCUUGAGGCCAAUGAAAAGGUACUCGAAGCCUCAAUACGUUCGAUUUUAUAUAUGAAAGCCCUAAUGGGCUUAAUGGUAAAUGGUUCAAUACCACCAGCAACACAGGAUGAGCGGCCGAUAUUUAUAUGA